CACGAUCAUGGCUUUGAUUAAUAACAACAUGCUUUUCACUUCAUUGUUGAUUCUUGUAGCUCUUUUUGGAGUUGCGGUUGGAGGAACCAUUCACAAGGUCGGCGAUUCGAAUGGAUGGACUAUGAUGGGAGAUUAUGAGACUUGGGCUUCUUCAAGAACUUUUCAAGUCGGAGAUUCUUUGGUGUUCGCAUACAACAACAAUUUCCACGACGUCACUGAAGUCACUCACAAUGAUUUCGAGAUGUGUGAAUCAUCUAAACCGCUUAUGAGAUACACAAGUGGAUCCGACUCAAUCACUCUAACCAAACCGGGACUCCAACAGUUCAUAUGCGGAGUUCCUGGUCACUGCAAGUCGGGACAAAAACUUCAAAUUCACGUUUUACCAGCCUCGUUGGGUCCUGUGGCUGGACCGGUUCCUAGACCGGUCCGAUCACCAAGCUCUUCCUCGUCUCCUUCACCAGCCAAGGCUCCACGAUAUCAGCAUCAGAUGGCUCCGUCACCUCUUCAAAGCUGUGCCUCGAAGUCAGCUUCUUGGAUCGGCUUUAGCUUGUUGGCCUUGAUCUUAGCAUUCUAG